UGGACAUCAGUUUUGAAAAUGAGUCCGGGUUCCGACAUCCAAGGCGCGCCUUUGAUGGAGAACCAAGUGCUACCGCCCAUGCGGCGAGGAUACACGUCCACGUUGCUGCGGAAGAACUUCUUGCUAAAGAAGAAACACCCGAUUAAGUGGGCGCUCGAAGUCCUCCUCCCUGUUGCACUCAUCGUGCUGAUGGGCGGCCUCAAAACCCUCACAGAUGAUGUCAAGGUCCCUGAUGGCUGGUCCACGGACAAAGCCGCCCCCGACAACGAAAAGAUCGGCACGAGCUACUCGCUUUUCCACGUCGACACUAUGUUUGGCGUGCCGCUACCCAAAUUUUAUCAAACGGAAGGCACGGUGUCGGGCUUGUUGUUGCAAAUGGCAACGAAGUCGUGGGACUCGCGCAAGGAUUCGAAAGGCAUGACGGCUGAGCAAAACACAGUGUGUUCCGCCGCUGCCUACUCAGGUCUUGUGAACGCCAACGUUAAGUCCCCGUUCGCGUGGCCUGAUAUAUGCCGUGACAAUGUCAUUCCUCAGAAACUCGCCAUUGCGCCCGACAACGACUUCACGCGCAAAUACUUUCUCGAAACUCUGAGUCGUUGGUACCCUCGCGUUCCCCUCGACGCGAACAGCACUCUGGUGGUUCCAUCGAUCGCCGAUUCCGUCAUGUUCUUUGCCGACGAAACCGCGCUGGACGCGUACAUCACGAAUGUCCAGUACGCCAAGAGCUUUGCGACUCCACGCAUUGCUGCCGCGAUCGUGUUCAAGACGACUCCGACGACCUUGGGCUCAGCUGGCGACAUUGAUUACAACAUCCGCCUCAACUCGACCUUAGGACGCGGUGGGGUUACUGGCGACGUGCCCCGCACGAACCUCGAGCCAUUUUUGCCCCUUCAACGCUCCAUCAACCCAGACUCGUACACCCGAUAUGCCAAAUCGGGUUUUAUGACGUAUCAAACCCUCGUGACACGAUUUGCACUCUGCAUGCCCGACUGGAACGCCGAAACGCGGACGACGACCGGCGCCUGCACGCAAGAAACAUCGGUCAUGAACGGCACUGCCGUCGACGACAUUAAGUUGGUCUCGUCGCAGCUCCAGGCGGAUCUGAAUGUGUUCUUGUCUGUUAUGUCGUACAUGAACUCGACCAAGAAGACCUUCAACAUCGCGUCGGUACCCGUCGCAGCACUCUCGUCGCUGGCCAAGCCCUUGCGUCAAAUGCCGCAACCCGUGGGUGGCGCCUCUGUCUUUGCGUUUCCGAUCCAAUCGUUCACGUCGUCGCCGUUUUACCAGUCGGUGAAGGACUUUUUCGGCCUCGUGUUUGUGCUUUCGUACUUGCACGCGCUGUCGUCCGUGUUGGUUGCGCUCAUCUCGGAGAAAGAGACCAAGGCCCGCGAACUCAUGAAGAUCCUCGGUGUCCACGAAAGCGCGAUCGUCGUGAGCUGGUAUAUCACGUACGGCGUCAUCUUCAUUGUGGCAGCCCUCCUGCAGGCAGUUGUGGGCAAGUUCGUCCUGUUUGCCAACUCAAGCGUGCUCCUGCUGUAUGUGUUCUUCCUCUUCUUUGGGUGGGCUGUGCUUGCGUAUGGGUACAUGAUCUCUGCGAUCUUCUCCAAGUCCCGCACUGGCACGUACAUCGGUAUGAUUGGGUUCUUCGCCAUGUAUCUCGUCACGGCUGGGUUCAACGACACAACCACCGCCAAGUCCAAAGCGAUCGCGUGCUUAUUUGCGCCCGCGGCGUUGACGUUCGGUGUGAAGAGCUUGGCCGAGUCGGAGGCGAGCGGGAUCGGAAUCACCAGUGCCAACGCGGGCGACGAAAUCAACAACUUCAAGUUUACGACCGCGAUCGUGUUUCUCUUCAUCGACGUGAUCUGGUACACGCUCAUGGGGUUGUACUUUGAGCGCGUGGUGCCAAAAGACUAUGGUGUGACGGAGAAAUGGUAUUUCGUCGUGUCGCCGUCAUACUGGCGCAAGAAGUGGACGAAGAAAACGCCGACGGCCAAAGCGGUGCCUGUGGACGCGACUGUUGCGCUUGACGUGAACAGCGACAACAUCGAGAGCGUUGGGAUGGACCUCAAGCAGCAGGAAGCCACGGGUGACGCACUCCAAAUCCAAAACCUCCGUCGUGUGUUCAGUGUGCCGGGCGGCGAGAAAGUCGCCGUGAAAGGCAUGAACUUGACCAUGUACAAGAACCAGAUCACGUGCUUGCUCGGCCACAAUGGCGCUGGCAAAACGACGCUCAUCUCGAUGUUGACUGGGAUGAUUCCAGUGUCGAGCGGUGAUGCCACGAUCAACGGGCUCACUCUCAGCGAAGACUUGGGUGACAUUCGCCGAUCCUUGGGCAUGUGCCCACAGCACGAUGUUCUGUAUGCAGAACUCACAGUGUACGAACACUUGAUCUUUUACGGACGCAUCAAGGGGUACCGCGGCAAGGCGUUGGAGGACGAGGUCGAGCACAAGAUCAACGAAGUCGGUUUGACCGAGAAGCGCCACGUCCGGUCGACGGAACUUUCUGGCGGGAUGAAGCGCAAGUUGAGUUUGGCAAUUGCGUUGCUCGGAGACAGCAAGAUCGUGUUUCUGGACGAGCCGACGUCCGGGAUGGACCCGUACAGUCGUCGUAGCAGUUGGGAGAUCAUCAUGAACAACCGAUACAACCGCAUUGUGGUGCUGACGACGCACUUCAUGGACGAAGCGGACAUUUUGGGCGACCGCAUUGCGAUCAUGGCGGAGGGGGAGCUCCGGUGCUGCGGGUCUUCCCUCUUCUUGAAGAACCGGUACGGCGCCGGGUACAACUUUUCCCUGGUCAAGACUGAACGAUGCAACACCCCCGCAUUGAUCGAGUUUGUCCAGCGCCACAUUGGGGACGCCACCAAGGUCUUGAGCAAUGUUGGGACGGAAAUCUCGUUCCAGUUGCCGCUGGACUGCUCGCACUUGUUUACCCACAUGUUUGCCGAGCUCGACAACCAACUGGAGGUCCUCGGCGUGCUGUCGUACGGCAUCUCGGUGACGACGAUGGAGGAGGUGUUUAUCAAGGUAGCUGAAAUUGGCGACGUGAGCCAGCAGCACACGUUGCAGAAGAAGGACCCCACGACGACGCAAGCCGCGUCCAACUCUGGCAGCGCUGGCUUCAAAUUGGCCGAGCAAGCGCCAAAUUCGGCACUCACCAUGUUUUUCAUCCACUUUCGAGCACUUUUCAAGAAGCGCGUCCGCACAGCCAAGCGUGACAAGCGUGUUGUCAUGUUCGGGACGGUGCUCCCCAUUGUGUUUCUCGUGCUUGGGAUUGCUUUGUUGAAGGCGAGUUCGCUGACGCGAAACGACCCGGGCUUGCUGCUCAACACGGCCCCAUACCCCCUGAAAGAAAACACCCCUGUGCCGUACAUGUGCCAGUCCGAUUGGAUGUGCGAUGCUGUGAACCAAAUCUCGACGGCAAAACCCCAAGCGAUUCUUGGGCUGGACAAGCAAGUGUAUUCGCCUGAACCAACCGUGUUUGGCGUCAAGUACACCAACCUCACGGGGGCCGACACAAACAGCUACAAUGUCCGCACCGGCGACGAAAUCUUCCAGCGCGGGUACGGCAAGUCUGGCGAUGGUCCUGUUGUUGGCCAGUAUGGUGGUUACGUUCUCUUGGGCGAUUCCAAGACUCGAUCGUUUGGGUACAAUUUAGCGGUCAACACAACGGCCGUGCACGCCGCCAUUGUCCACAAAGCGCUCAUGGACGAAGCACUGUAUCGAACCGUGACUGCCAACUCCAAUGUGAAACUCACGUGCACAAACUUGCCGCUGCCGUUGACCGACUCGACCAAGAUUCUAUUCACGACGAUCGUGUCAUUCACGACGUCCGUGUUUGUGGUGCUGGCGUUCGCGUACUUUACAGCGUCCGUCGUGCCAUACCUGGUCAACGAAAAACACCCGAGCCACAACUCCAAGCACCAGCAACUUGUGUCCGGCGUGAGUUUGCCGGCCUUUUGGCUCGCCAACUUUGCGUGGGACUUGCUCUUGUACUCCGUGCCGUGCGUGUUCGGUCUGAUGGCGAUCUACUUUUUCGACAUUACACCUUUCACGGGACGCGAGUGCUCGUCGUGCGCCGGGUCUCCGUUCGCCGCGCUCAUCGUGAUCUUCGUCCUUUUUGGGUUUGCCAUCGUGUCAUUCUGUUACAUCUUGUCGUACUUGUUCACGGAUGCCGCGUCGUCCCAGACGUACAUCAUCAUGACGCACUUCAUGGACGAAGCGGACAUUUUGGGCGACCGCAUUGCGAUCAUGGCGGAGGGGGAGCUCCGGUGCUGCGGGUCUUCCCUCUUCUUGAAGAACCGGUACGGCGCCGGGUACAACUUUUCCCUGGUCAAGACUGAACGAUGCAACACCCCCGCAUUGAUCGAGUUUGUCCAGCGCCACAUUGGGGACGCCACCAAGGUCUUGAGCAAUGUUGGGACGGAAAUCUCGUUCCAGUUGCCGCUGGACUGCUCGCACUUGUUUGCCCACAUGUUUGCCGAGCUCGACAACCAACUGGAGGUCCUCGGCGUGCUGUCGUACGGCAUCUCGGUGACGACGAUGGAGGAGGUGUUUAUCAAGGUAGCUGAAAUUGGCGACGUGAGCCAGCAGCACACGUUGCAUCCCCGCCAACACAAACAAAUUGAUGUGAAGUCUGAACAAUUCGAGCUGCAACGACCACGUUUCGUCGACCACUUCCGCGCGCUCUUUCUCAAGCGGCUGCGUACGGCCAAGCGAGACAAGCGCGUGGUGUUGUUUGGCGCUUUGCUUCCGAUCUUGUUCAUGACGCUCGGCGUCGUCCUUCUCAAGUACAGCUCGCUGACGAAGAACGACUUGGUGUUGGAUGUCGACACAAGUGGCUACCCCCAGGGCGGGGCGAGCCCGACGCCGUACUUCUGCACAGGGAACGACAACCAGUGCACCUCCAUCUUCUCCAAACUUCGAGGAGGCAUCGCACAACGCGUCGCGAUUGCUCAAUUGCCGGUGUACCCGUCGAACACGCCGACCGUGUUCAACAUCUCGUACACGAAUCCGAGCAUCAACGCGUCCGACACUACGGGGUUUUGUCUGCGCGCUGCCGAGGAAGCAUUCCAACUAGGCCAUGGCGCCGCCAAACUCCAAGGCCAGUACGGAGGAUUCGUGGCGCAGUCCCUUCCGUCACUCAGCGUGUUUGGGUACAACCUCAUGGUCAACACCACCGCAACGCACUCGGCCAUCGUGUUCAAGGCAUUAAUCGACGACGCCUUGGUGCAGUCGUUUGCGUCCAAGGAAUCGGUCUACUUGAGGGUGACCAACCAUCCGCUUCCACUCACGUCGGCGUCCAAGAUGCUCUUCACCACGUUCUUGUCGUUCAUCGCGACGAUCUUCAUCGCGAUCGCGUUCGCGUUCUUUACAGCGUCCGUCGUGCCGUACCUGGUCCACGAAAAGCACCCGAGCCACAACUCCAAACACCAGCAGCUCGUGUCCGGCGUGAGUUUGCCGGCCUUUUGGCUCGCCACGUACGCAUGGGACAUGCUCUUUUACUCGAUUCCGUGUGGCCACAACUCCAAACACCAGCAACUUGUGUCCGGCGUGAGUUUGCCGGCCUUUUGGCUCGCCAACUUUGCGUGGGACUUGCUCUUGUACUCCGUGCCGUGCGUGUUCGGUCUGAUGGCGAUCUACUUUUUCGACAUUACACCUUUCACGGGACGCGAGUGCUCGUCGUGCGCCGGGUCUCCGUUCGCCGCGCUCAUCGUGAUCUUCGUCCUUUUUGGGUUUGCCAUCGUGUCAUUCUGUUACAUCUUGUCGUACUUGUUCACGGAUGCCGCGUCGUCCCAGACGUACAUCAUCAUGACGCACUUCAUGGACGAAGCGGACAUUUUGGGCGACCGCAUUGCGAUCAUGGCGGAGGGGGAGCUCCGGUGCUGCGGGUCUUCCCUCUUCUUGAAGAACCGACUGAACGAUGCAACACCCCCGCAUUGA